CCAAGCAUAGGACGAAUUAGGGCGGCCUGUAACUUGAACCUCCCCUACUGUGCACACUUCGUUGUACCUGCAUCUGUGAACUGUACGACCAGGAUGGAGCAGAAGACGAGCCUCGAGGUGUGAUGCUCAAAUAACCUAAUGAGUAGAGAGGAUAUUUGCUAUGCGUGGACGCAGUCUUCACUUCAACCUCAAAACUUACGUUGACUCCGUCAUGGCUACCAACAACCCUCAAACACCGCGGUCAAGCAGGUUUUUCCAGUGGAUGGAGGACGACGUGCCAAUCAUCGACACAAACGAGAGCUUUUCAGAUGUCACCUUCAAGCUCUUCACUUUCGUCGGUAAAGCCAUCGACGCGGCGUAUACGUAUGAGCAGCUUCGCACAUCUGUUGCUGGCCAGACAUUGAAGCCGCUGAUCUCCAAAUUGAGCGAGGAAUGUCACCAUCCAGGAGUUGUUGCUGCGCUGCUGGCAGCGCGGUAUCUUUUCACUAAUGACUCGGGCGUCACUGACAGUGGACUUAACGAAAGCAGGGCUCUUGCGUGCGAAUUGGUGGCGUGGCAGUUUUUGACAUUUCUAUCCGAAAAAGAACUGAUCGACUAUCUCCUUUACGAACUUCCUGAGCGUCCAGACGCGUCUCAGCAGUCCCAAGCCGCACCCAACGGCUCUGGUGAGCAGGAAAAUGAGACCUUUGACGAGACCUCACGCCUGAUUCGCUCUCCUUCGGGCGACUACGGCGGCCUUCGUCCUCCCAAACGCGUCUCUGUCGACAAUCCAAUAGGAACUUCGGCCAGCUUUAGAGAAGAUCCAAGUGGAGGCUCACGACUAGACCUCGAUCAGUCGAUGGCGGGCAUGAAUGCAUUGGAGAUUGCGGCCAUAGCGGACGCGAAGAAAUUUCUCUCUCAGGCUCCAGUUCAAAAGAUUGUGGAAGACAUCUGGAACGGCGACGUCAUCUUCUGGGAGUCACUGUCUGUUCAUGCUGUUAAAAAGCCUCGCAGCUACAACAAGCGUGUCGCUGACCCCUUCACUCGCUUGCGGGUUCCCAAAUAUCAAAAGGCAUUCCAGAUUGCAUUUUUCAUAUCCUUCCUGGUCCUAUACUAUUCAGUCCUUGUGGAACGGAAUCCAACGCACGUCACAGCGACCGAGGCCUUGUUGUACGUUUGGAUUGCAGCAUUCGCAUAUGAUGAGUUUGGCGAGAUCAAGGAUGCUGGCUUCAUGUUCUACCAAACUGAUUUCUGGUCACUCUGGGACAUUGCCAUCAUCGGAGUAAGCGCUGCUUUUGUUGUGAUAAGGGCUAUCGGCUUGCUCAAAAACAGCGACUACAUCACUGAUGUAGCUUUUGAUACCUUGUCCUUGGUAGCACUGUUUUUGGUUCCAAGGAUAUUCUCUGUGAUGAGUCUGAAUCCCUACUUCGGCAGCCUGAUCCCUGUCUUGAAGGAAAUGACAAAAGCGUUUUGCAGGUUCCUGCCAGUGAUCAUUGUGCUUUAUCUUGGGUUCUUGACCACUUUUACUAUGCUUGCAAGAGACCGCAUGACCAUCAACGACAUGAGCUGGCUUCUGAUCAAGGUCUUCUUUGGGUCAAGUUAUCUCGGUUUUGACAUGGCUGUCAAGAUCUCCCCGUUGUUCGGAUAUACUUUGAUGCUCAUUUUCGUGUGUCUUACCAACAUCCUCCUCAUCACGUCACUUGUUUCUUUGGUGUCAAACUCGUUAACGGAGGUCAUGGCCCAUGCCAGAGAGGAAUACCUCUUCCAGUACUCCAUCUACGUCUUGGAGAGCAGUACAUCUCGACGCUUGACCUACUUCAUGCCACCCUUGAAUUUGUUCCCCUUGAUACUACUGCGACCACUGCGGCUUGUUCUACCAUCCGAAGACGUCCGGCGCAUUCGGAUUGCAGUCCUCAAAGCCACUCAUGUUCCUUUCCUUGCCCUGAUUUGGGCUUACGAAAAGUCAAUGCGAGUGGUAUUCGCUGCGCGUCCGACAAUCGCUAAAGCUCCACAUUUGACCAGCCGUCCUCUGAGUGGAGGACAAUUCAGUCUUGGUGGUGCCCAAGACUACGCCAGAUCUCCAAUGACUCGAAGAGUGCCUCCUGCAGCCAUUCGACCAGCAACACCUGAGAGGGCGGACUCCACCACAAAAUCAGCCUCGGGCAGUGCCGAUACCGCAGACUUGGUUGCGCUUGUCCAGAAGUUGAGUGCCCAAGUUGAUGGUUUGACCGCCAUGGUUGCUGGCCAGCAGAAAGAUUAAGUCACCAUCUGCCACUAAUCGGCGGGGCAAGCCGGCCUACUCGGUCGAUAGAUGCAGCAUGGAUAGGUCACGAUGCAAGAUCGAAUGCUGGACUGCGCAUGGCCAACGGAAAUAACGCUUAAUGAUGGGCACAGCCUGAAAAUGCUGAGCAACUGACCCUUAACACGCAGUGGGAAUAGCUAGAUUAUGGAUGGUCGAUUGGAAAAGAACUCCCGGAGCUGCAUAAAUCUAGCCAGCCAGGGUCGUUCGGCAAAAGCUCUGGGUUCCGCAGGCCCUUCUUGCUUCACUGCACACGGGAAUUGCUGAACCUGUGAGCCCUUCCAGCUAUGCUCCACCCCU